UAUAUCAUAAUGCAUCUCUUCCUUUGUUAAAACUUACUCCUCAAAACGAACCAAAAACACUUCAUUCACACACAGUGGUGAUGGAGAAAGGAACUACUGCAGUUGAAGCUGCAAGAUCUCCCAUGCAACUCAUGAUGGGAGAUGAAUUUGAAGGCAACAACACCACCCUUCGAACUGCUGAAACCUUCCUCCGUUUGCUUCCCAUUGCUCUCUGCGUUUCAGCCCUUGUUCUCAUGCUUAAGAACUCUCAAGAAAACGAAUAUGGCUCUGUUGGUUAUAGUGAUCUUGGAGCCUUCAGGUAUCUGGUGCAUGCAAAUGGCAUUUGCGCAGGUUACUCCUUACUUUCAGCGGUCUUUGUUGCUGUGCCACGCCCUUCCACCAUGCCUCGGGCUUGGACUUUCUUUUUGCUUGACCAGGUAUUAACGUACAUAAUUCUGGGUGCUGGAGCUGUGUCAACGGAGGUGCUAUACUUGGCAGAGAAUGGAGACACUGAAAUAACGUGGAGCUCAGCAUGUGGGUCAUUUGGUCAAUUUUGUGACAAGGUGACAGCAUCAAUAGCUAUAACAUUUGUGGCUGUGGUUUGCUAUGUGGUGCUUUCCCUCAUUUCUUCAUACAAGCUAUUUAGCAAAUAUGAUGCACCCAUAAGCAGGCCCACUACAGGCAUUGAGGUUGCUGCUUUCCCUGCAUGACCCAUAAUUAACUUCAUAUGCUUGAUAUAUGUGCUAGCUAGAAAUUAAUAAUGUAUUUAUUACUUUGUUAGAACUUAGGAUAAUAGACUUGUCAAUUAGGUGUGAGUGUAUAAUAACUCUUACCUAGUUCUUUGUAUCAUCAUGGUUCAUGGUUCAUGGAUGCCUUUGACUUGUUUCACAAGAGACAUGGUGCUUAAUUUUACCUCAAAAUUAACUACAAACUUU